CCUUCUCGAAGUGUUUCGAAAAAGAUGGUCGCGACAUUUGUGUCAAAAGCGGGUCAUAUUGCAACAAUUCCUCUUAAUGAGCAAAGAACUGUUACUGCGGAUUGGUAUACCACCAUUUUUUGCCAAAAGCUCAUCACCGAGUUUCGAAAAAUCAACCCCGAAAGAAGAAUCAUCCUCCACAAAGACAAUGCAAGCUCGCACACAGCCCAAAAUACAAGGCUGUAUUUAACGGAAGAAAACGUGGAAUUAUUGGACCAUCCUCCAUAUAGUCCCGAUCUAGUCCCGAUCUAAGUCCUAACGAUUUCUUUACUUUCCCGAAUAUUAAAAACAGACUGCGUGAUCAAAGGUUCCAGUCACCAGAAGAAGCAGUUGACGCAUUCAAAAAUGCCGUUUAGGAUCUGCCAGCAAACGAGUGGAAUAAGUGCCUCGAAAAUUGGUUCGAGCGCAUGCAGAUGUGUAUUAAUCUUUG